AUGCUUUCAUCACUUGCGCAGUAUGGAUCUGAUUCCGAGGAUGAAUCAUUCUCUGCUCCAACCAACAACAAGAACAAUGCUGAAAAAACCAACAGUGCACCAUCGGUGGUGUUGAAUAAUAAUUUCAAACAAGCUGAGUCUUUGGUUACAACAAGCACGAAAAAUCAAAUUCAAUCCGAUCAAGACGAAGUUAUCAUUGAAUCCAUAGACGAUGAAGUUGGAGUUUCAAAUUUUAAUUACAAAACAAUUUCAUCAACCGUUAUAAAUGCUCCCAAUAAUACGGAGAACACAAACAACACAAGCCGAGUCAACACUUCAUCAUCAUCCUCUUCCACUAUCACAGCAGAAGGUAAAAGAAAAACAAAGCAAAAGAAGGUAUCAAGUACUAAAAAAGCUCUCUUGAUGAAACUCGCUGAACACUCUCUUUUUAAUAAUCCCAAAGAUUCAUCUGAAACAACAACAGCCACAAGUAAACGAAAAUUAUUUGAAGAACAAGAACGAUUUCUCGAUGACGAUGAUGGAGAUUUCAAUGAUGAAGAGGAUCAAAUGUACUAUUCAACAAGUAAGAAACAAAAAUCGGAAGCAGGCUCGUCUUCUCCAUUUUCAGAUCAAGAGACGGACAAUACCGAUGAAAUGAGCAACAAGUUGUAUCUUCCAAAAUCAAAAGAAACCAUGCCUUUGGAUGAUAAUGAGGAUGAGUUUAAUCUGGGAAUGGACGAAGAAGAGGAGGAAGAAAUUUAUAACAACUUGAAGGACGUUCAAGACGAGCAGGGCACUACAAACCCCAAGUCCAUUCCUGAAGAUAUUCUCGCUGAAAUGAAACGUCAAGGUAUUGAUGUAGACCAACUUGGAGAAGUCGAUAUUGUGGACGUGGGAGAAAAUGGGUCUAGCGAGUUGGUGAAUUUAGAAGUAGAAAGAAGAAGAGCUCUCAUUGAAAAACACAAGAGAGAAAUUUACAUGACAAAGGAUGAACAAGAUGCUCUUAAACAGUUCAACUUUACAGUUGAAGGCGCAGGAAACAAACAUCGUGUGAAGGUUGCAAAAACCAAAAAUCAAAUUUCAUUCCUGGCUCAACAAGCAACCGGAAGAGAAUUGGAAAUGGCUGAGAGAUUGGAAAAAUCAAGACAAAGCAAUUCCUCUGCAAAGAAGAAAUAUGGAUGGAGAUAG